UCCAACUGUCAAAGCUUGAUUUUUAACCUUUUUCACCUCCUACACACAAACAAGAAAGAAUUACAAUGACAGAGAAAUACAGUAUCAAAAGUUUCCAGUAGACCUCUACCUUCAAAACAUCAUGUCUGAGUUAUUAAAAAAAAAUAAACAAAUAUCACAUUUUUUUAUUCAAACCAUUCGCAUACAUUGAACGUAACACUAAGUUAAAACUCAAUGCAAUUCAAUUUAAUUCAAUUCUUUAUUCAUUAAAAACACAUUUUCAUAUACCUGCCUAUUGAAUCACCCUACGUAGUGAUCUCCCCUUAUCAGUACUCUGCCUGUACUGAUAAGGGGAGAUCACUGCGUAGUAGAUUGGAGUUUGGGCUUGAAGAGUUACAUCCCGUACAAGACAAAUGAUAGAUCUAUUAGUUGGUAUACUUUUGCUGUUGAUUUCAAAUGCAAGAAGUCAAGAAGAAACUGAUAAUAUACUGAAGACAGUUGAAACAAGCAACAAAGAAGAUUCAAAUGAUGAAGUUCUAAGCAUAACCCAAAGGAAUGAAGUCUUAGGCUUUGAAAAUCAACUCAAUAAAGACAUCAAAAAUGUGGAAAGAAGUGAAUUCUGUGAUAAAGAAAAAGAGGUUUGCAGUAAAGUUGUCUCAAUUCCAAGUCAAUCUUUGAAUAACCAAGAAUCUGCUUCUGAUGACAGUGUUGAACCAAAUAUUGAUAGGAGGAAAGAGACAGAUCCAAGACCAGAUGAAGAAUUAAGAACUAAACCGUCAGGUGAUAUUCAGAAUAAUGUUUACAGUGAAAAUGAAAAUUUAGACCUUAAAUCUAAAGAGACUUUUAACAAGGACGAAGAAGAUACAAAGAUUGGAAACACCCAGUCAGUUACGAUAAACAAUGAAGAAGUUCUAGAUGAAUCCAGUGUAAAUUAGGAUGAAAAAAUGAACUAACAAAAAACACUUCAAACUUUGAAUCCAAUUCCACAUUUGAUCAGUGGUUGAAAUUUAUUUUAGAUCCUUUUAUUGAGGAGUUUAAAGAUGGUAUUUACCCAAAGUUGUCAGAUAAAACAAAUAUCACUUAAUUUUAUCCUGUAAAUGAAAAUAUCAUAAUUGAAAAUGGAAAAUUAUAAACA